AUGUCAGAUUUGGUAAGGGGCACCGCGCCCGGUACCGUUGCUGCGUCGAGUCGUACUCAGAAUGGCGGAGGAACUCGUGCAACCGCGGCUGCUGGCAUUGGCCCGACUCCCACCGAACCCCCACGAUAUCGUACUCCUACAGAUGUCAUGCGAGACCGGCGGGCUCGGGAAGCUCGUAGAGCCGAGGAAGCUGCGGCCAGACUGCGUCAAGAGGAGGAAGCCAGGAGAAUACAGGAAGAACAAAUUGUUGGCGUUGGGGAGGACACUGCACGAAGAGCGGCUGCCAGACCCGGUGCUCAACCCCCCCAAACUUACAACAUAGGUGGACCGAUCUCUCAACCUGUCGCCUCGACGACGCGGCGGCAAGAGAACAUACCACCCACCCAACCCAGUUCCUCGAGAACAACCGGCAGGGCUCCUGAUCCUGCUGGAAGAGAUCCUAGGGUUUCUGCAGCCACUCAGCGAAAUCGGACAGAAGCCUACGAGCAGCUUAGCAUUCCUGCAACAGCGAAACCGGCGGAACAGGGGCAGCGACCUAUUCAACAACCGCAACCGCAACCGCAAGCCCGAGCUCAGGCCGUCCCCCCAUUUAGCACCCAAUCCGCUCAACAACCUCCUCCUCAGACUUCAGGUGCAGGAGGCCGAAGUCGCUUCCCCAACGCGUUUGAACGCUGGGAGGAUCUUUCUGCUCGUUGGGAGGGUAUCGUAUCAUCUUUUAUCCAUCGCAUGGAGAACAAUGCCGAUGAAUUAGCUGGGAAGCCCCUUGAUCGGCAAAUGGCUCGACAGAUUGAUGACCUGUCUCGGGCAGGUGCAAACCUGUUUCACGCGGUGGUUGAACUGCAGCGUCUUCGAGCAUCGUCCGAGCGGAAGUUCCAACGCUGGUUCUUCGAGACUCGGCAUGAGCAGGAACAAUCUCAAGAAAGACAGGCAGAGCUUGAGCGUCAACUGCGCGCCGAGAAGGAAGCUCGGACGCUCAGUUCCACUUCCAUAGAACAGGUGCGUGCAGAGAAGACUAGAGCAGAGGAGCUGGUAAAAGAGAUGCGCCGCGAGUUGCAAAUCAGCAAGGAAGAAGCUCGCCGUGCCUGGGAAGAAUUGGGCCGAAGGGAACAGGAGGAGCGUGAGAGAACCAUUGCUUUGCGCAGCGGAGAGCCCACCCUUAUUGGCGGCGUCCAAGUCGUGCCGAUGCAGGGUUUGCCGAGCCGGCAGGUGAGCACAGCUCAGCGACCACAAACUAGAGAUGGGCCGACAGCUGGUGCAGGGCCGACCAUGAUGUCUGGCCAGCAACAACAACAACGACCUUCUUCUCGUCAAACGAUAACGACAUCUCUGGAUUCACCUGGCGAAGAAAACCGACAAUUCACAUAUCGACCCGACACGGGCGGCCCCUCAGCCAUGACAGACCCAUUUACAGAAUCAUCUCGCCAGCGUGAACAGCAAGCCCAACUGCGCCGUGAGCCAGAUACGGAAUUCUAUACUACCCCUCCGCGCCCUACACAACCUGUAACCAGUGCUGCAACUGCCGCUGCUCGAGCUGCGGCGACCGGAGGGCAGUCGCCUGCCCGGACGCCUGGUGAGUCACGCUACUAUCAGACUGCCACCAGCGAUGCUCAAAUGUCCGGUGCACUACCUACACCAGUUCGCCAGGGUACUGGAGGGACAGAACAGUCGUACAUCCCAUCCAGCACGUCACUGGCACCAUCCGAGGAAGAAUACCAUAUCAAUCCCGAUGGCAGCUACACGCGAGACUCGCAGGGCCGCCGCAUCCCUUAUCGCCAACCAAUAGGACCAGCAGGGACAUCCCGGUUGGCUGGGGAGAUUAGCGAUGACGAAGGUGAAAUACCAGGAGAAAUAUCUGAAGAUGAUGAUGACCAUGCCGCCGACGUCGAGCGUGAGAGAAUGUACGCUGCACAGUAUCGACAGCCUCAAUCGUCACAACAGCCACCCACCACAUCCGCAGGAAUUCCUCGUACCACGACCGGUGCCCUCCCACCUAUCCCUCAAGGCCGAACAAUAGACCCUACAUCGUCAGGCUAUGACGGCCAAGUGUACGAACCAGGUGUUCCCCCUGCGGUAACUCAAGCCAUGACAGCCUGGGAAAGCUUGCAAGCCCGCCCUCAUCAUCAUCCGACCAGGCUGAGCGAUAUUAUUGAAGAGCAGACUGCGAGGACGACUCCCAGCCGAACGAGCUACGUUAGUGGCUCGGGUGUUUUGCCUGGCGAACAAGGAACUGGGACUGGAACUGGGACAGGGAAUGGUGGAAAUUCUUCCACCCGGCGGUGA